UAUAGAAAAAUUAACAGUGUAAUUAUUCGCAAUAUUAUUAAUUAAUUCAAAAUGCCGAAAGGAAGGAGGUCAGUGGAUGAUGCGUCCAGGAAGUCAUCGAAAUCAAACCUUUCUACUGCUUCUGAACAAAAUGUUAAGGUUAUGCAAAAUGUACAAGACCCGGCAGCAAUGGCCAAACAAAAGAAACAACGUCGUCGCGUAAUGGAACGUGUAGAAAUGUUAUCUCGACCAACGGCGCGGCGCUUGCGAUGUCUAUGGGACGAAAAGUGCGCCAUAUUGCCACCAGACCGUAGGGAUAAGAUCAAAAGUGCACUGGAAGAGGAUUAUUUCCUUAGCCCUGAACAAACGGAACAAUACUUUCAAGCCGUGAGCGCAUCAUCGAAACACUGGUCGGGCCCGGGCGGAAUGGUGAGUCGCAAGGAGCAAGCGGAAAAAGCGCGCGAAUUGCGUCAGCGGCAGAAGUGGCUCAUUAACUUUAGCGCACAGGUGGCCUACCGCCUUUGUGACUACAUCGCGAAAGGGCAGAAGGAGAUCUUGGUUUCCAACCGACUGAGGAGCAUAGCUGAUGUUGUGUUGGAGCGAGUUGCUGAAAUACUUGGCGAACCAAAACCCACUCGAACUGAUCCUGGCCGCCUAGCACGAUUCAUGGUAGCGAUAUCGGAUCGUAUAGCAGUAUGGAUUGAAAAUGCGGUGUAUCGAGCUGAUGCUAUUGAGCCGAAGGAGUCGAGUAUCGAUGAGCAUAUGCGGCUUGAUACGGAGAAACCGCUGAUAUGCUAA